AUGGCUUCACCAAACCCGAAAUCCCACUUUCACGCUCGCUCGGUGAGCUUGCCUUCGAAGCCAAACCCACUCAUUCCUCAAGCGGAGGAGCACCUGAGGAGGAUCAGGAGCUCCGAAGCCACCGCAUGUUCAUUUUCAUCGGUGAGCCACACGAUGAGCAGUGUCGUGGACUUCUACGACUCUGUCGAAGACUUGCUUCUCUUUCCAGACACCCAACAUGCCUUGGUUCAAGAGGGCUGCGAAGAGGUGCUCGAGAGAUCCCUCAGUCUCCUGGACUUGUGCACUACCGGAAAAGAUGUCAUAACGCAGACGAAGGAAAACAUGCAGGAACUACAAUCCACGUUGCGUAGGAGAUGGGGCAAUGACGUGGCACUGAGAAACAAGGCCGAGGGUCAAAGCCGUAUGACAACAGUUUCAAUGUUAAGAGAAGCGGAGGAAGUCGCUCUCAGGUCAAUUGAAUCAUUGUUGACAUUGUUGGUACAUGGAAAGUCGAGAAGCUGCUCUUUCUUCGGCAAGUUGAUUCAUUCCAGACGAGUGGCAGCUGAUGAGAGAGCAUCUAACAGCGAGCUAGAGAAGGUGGAUUUUGCCGUUCACAACCUCCUAAGCCACAAGAAUGGAAAACCGAUCCAAAUGGAAUACGUGCAGAAAAUAGUGGGAGAGACCGAGUCCAGCAUUCAGGACCUCGAAGAAGAAGUCGAGCGCCUGAUCAGGCGCUUGAUCAAAACCCGAGUGUCCCUACUCAAUAUCCUCAACCACUAG